GGCAACGGAGGGCCUUAGUACUUAAUUUACGGUUUUACCGUUGAAAAGGUGAUUUUUCGGGUAAAAUGUCGCUAGUUCAGAGCUGGCGGCGUAAAGUUCAAAAUUAUUCAAAACGGGAAAAGCUUUUUUUGUUUUUGAUAAUUGUGUUGAGUAUCGUUAGUUUCGCUUUGUUGAUACGUGUUUUGGUUAAUACAAAUGACCCCAACACCUGCUUAACCAAAGAAUGCAUAACAGCAGCUCAUCACGUAAUAUCAAUGGUAGACGAAACCGUCGAUCCAUGUGAGAACUUCUACAACUUCACAUGCGGAAACUUCUUAAAAACCGCCAUAGGCAAAGACCAAAUCAGUCCUCUUCUGGUUUUACACGAUGCAAAGAAUAAUGGUCUUAAGCAAAUGAUCGUGGAAGAUCGAAAUGAUGAGACGAACUUGACAAAGAGCUUUAGAUAUCAACGAAAAUUUUAUAGGGCUUGUAUGAAUACGACGGCAAUAGAUGAAAAUAAAGACGAAAGCUUUCUUGAGGAUCUUAGGCAUGUCGUUGGGGGAUGGCCUUUAUCUCAGGGUUAUGUUUUGGAUUUAUUUUGGCCGGACGUUAUGUUACGAGCAAGAGAAAGGGGGAUGCUUUAUAAUUGGUUUUUUACCAUCGAUACUGACGUAGAUUACAAACGGAGAAAAGUGCUUUUAGAGUUAAGCCCCCCACCAAAACUUUAUUACGAUAAAAACGUCUGGAACGAGAAAAACAUUCAAAAAUUCGUGGAAAUUGCUGAUUACUGGGGUAAGCAGCCAAUUGGAGCAACAGCAUGGGAAGUCAAAAAUACCCUGGACUUUGCUAAAAAUUUAAGCAUAAUCGUUGAAAACGCCCAUAAAUAUUCCUCAAACGAAACUGAUAAUAAAAAAUUCACUAUGAAAAUAUCAAAGUUACGUGAGUUGCAUUUUCCUAGACUGCAGUGGCUGCAAUAUUUGCAAAAUUUCACUGGGGUACAGAGUCUUAGUGAAAAUGACGAAAUUAUAUUCAAAAUGAAGGGAGAUGAGUAUUUUAAGGAUUUGUAUUACUUACUGCAAAAGACCGAUACAAAGUUUUGGGCAAACUAUAUUUCCAUUAUUUUUUUAAUAGAAGACUGUCGAUAUUUGUCAACUAAAGUAAAAAAAAUAUGUAAAGAUUUGAUAAGUUCAAGCAUGCAGAAUCAAAGGGCAGAUUUCUGUUUUCAUCGAGCUUUAUCGAAGUUUGAAGGUGUUGUCGAAGCCCAAUACAUUCGUAAAACAGUAACAAAAGACAAAGUAAAAGAUAUAACAGCAAUGAUAGAAUCAAUAAAAAAAGAGAUGGAAGUGACCCUUAAACGAACCAAAUGGAUGGACGAAAGGACCAAGGAAAAAGCCGUUAAGCAUUUAAAAAAUAUCACUUCGGCCAUCGGAUGGACUAAAACUGUUUUUGAUGAGGCACUUUUUGAAAAGCUUUUCGGAUAUGUUCAGGGCGAGAUUUCUUCGACAAAUGUAACCAGAAUGAAUCACGAAUUAAAUCGAUUUUAUUGCGAUUAUCAUUUUAAGAAAAUUAAGCAACCAUUUAAUGAUUUAAGGGAAAAUCAUUUGUCUUUACCUAUGGUCGAAGUAAAUGCUUUUUAUAUCAAGUAUUGGGAAAUUUUGAUUUUGGCUGCUCCAAUUCUCCAACCGCUGAUCUACGACAUAAAAUGGCCGAAAUAUUUAACCUACGGCUCGUUGGGAAGUAUAAUAGGCCACGAACUAACCCACGCAUUUGCUCCAAUGGACGAGGAUAAUUUUAAAAUGCAAAAAUAUUAUGGUUAUAAUAUAACGGAUUAUUGGACCAAUCAGACGCAUAAGAAUUACGAUGCUGCUACGGGCUGUAUGGUGGAAGAAUACGUUCGAUACACCAAGGAAAUUGACAUAAAACUGGAAAACAAGACAAAAACCCUUAAUGAAAACAUUGCAGACUUCACUGGCGUAAAUCUGGCAUACAGGGCAUAUCAAACGUGGGCAUAUUUCAAGGGUGAAGAUAAAAAGUUACCCGGCUUAAAAUUUACUUCGAAUCAACUAUUCUGGAUCCUUUCGAGUAUGUAUCAGUGCAUAGAGCCUAAACUGGAAUCCGGAGCCUACGUGCAUCCAGAAAUUGAGCCCAGUUUAAGUCACGCCAUCGCCAGUUUUAGGGUUAACGGGCCUAUUAGGAACUCUCCCUAUUUUGCUUAUGAUUUUGGGUGCCCCGAGGGUACGAAAAUGAAUCCAAAGGAAAAGUGCGGAAUAUUUGUUUAAGUUUCAAAUAAACGUUAAAUAAGAUCAAGAAA